UUAUAUUCGACUUUAGCUGGGACACGCAGACCCCAACCUUUUUUCUCUUCAGGGGACAGAGAUAGAUCUGGAAGUGCCAAGGUUCCUAGCUAUGGCAAGCUCAGAGGCAGGAACGAGCAGUGAUGUUGAACAAGCAAUAGGAGAUGAGUACCAAGUGUUCUUGAGUUUCAGAGGUCCCGAUACUCGUUACGGAUUCACAGACUUCCUCUAUCAUGGCUUGGUAGAUGCGGGAGUCCGCGUAUUUAGGGACGAAGAUGAGCUCCACGUCGGCGAAGUGAUUGGUGGGAACCUUCUGCGUGCUAUCAACAACUCCACGAUCUACAUACCUAUCUUCUCCCAAACUUAUGCUUUCAGCAAAUGUUGCCUCCGUGAGCUCACGCACAUAGUAGACAACGUGUCUAGGUCGAACGGUAGAAAAAGCAUCCUUUCCAUUUUUUUCAACGUGGAACCCGAGGAUGUCAAGCUUAAGACUUCACUAUAUGCGGGUGCUUUCUCGGAACACGAGAAUAAGUUUCCCGAGGAAGUCGAGAAAUGGAGAAAGGCUCUUGCAGAGGUGGAUGAAAUCAAGGGAUGGAACGUGAAAAGGGACCAAAGCCAAGCAACAAUUGUCAAAUUGGUCGUUGCAAAGGUUUUAGAGAAACUGGAGCUAAAACAAAAAUCAGUGACUGAGCAUUUAGUUGGACAUGAUGAUCGGGUGAAGCACUUGACAGAGUUAUUAGAUGUCGACCAUCCUGAUGUGCGGCUCAUUGGAAUUUAUGGAAUGGGCGGCAUUGGUAAAACAACCAUUGCCAAAGUCGUCUUCAAUGAACUAUCUUCCCACUUUGGAAAGUGUUGCAGUUUCCUUGAGAACGUUCGAGAAAGCAUGUCGACCAAGGACGGCAUAGUCCAAUUGCAGAAGAAGUUAUUGUCUGACAUUGUUAGUUCUGCAUGUGCAGAAGGAGUCAAGGAUAGUGACCAAGGAAUGAGAAGGAUUGGAGAAAUGCUCCGCAAUAAGAAGGUCCUUGUGGUUCUGGAUGAUACUGAUAAUAAAGAGCACAUUGAGGGACUAAUAGGAAAUGGGUCCUUACGUUCGGGUUCCAGGAUAAUCAUUACAACGAGAAAUACAACUAUUCUAGAUGUUUCGGAAUUCAAAGAUAAAAUGAUACCAUAUGAGAUGCUUAAGAUGGAUGAUGCUCUUGCACAUCAACUUUUUUGUCAGCAUGCCUUUGGCAAAGACUUUCCUUUGGAUGAUUAUCAGGGGCUUACGAGGGAAAUUGUCUCAACUACAGGAGGGCUCCCUUUGGCAAUUAAAGUGAUAGGUUCGGUACUUUAUCAGAGAAACAAAGCAUUUUGGAAAGAAACUUUGGUCAGGUUAAGGAAUGUACCUGAGGAAGAGAUUCUAAAAAAGCUAAAGAUUAGCUAUGAUGACCUAGAUGUAUUUCAAAAACAAAUUUUCCUCGAUAUUGCAUGCUUUUUUGUCAAUGAGAGUAAGGCGGAUGCAAUUUACAUGUGGACUAAUUGUCAAUUUUAUCCCGAAAGAGGAAUUGAAGUCCUUACCAGGAAGUGCUUGAUAAAGACAUUGGACAAUGAUAAACUCUGGAUGCACGAUCAACUCAUAGAUAUGGGAAGGGAAAUCGUCCGUCAAGAAGGUCCAAGUGAUCUUGGCAAGCGGAGCAGGCUGUGGAGUGCAAAAGAGGCACUCGAAAUGAUAAGAACCAAAGAGAGGAAGGGCGAGGUUCGAGUGCUUGAGAUAAGUGGAUUGGAUGGCUCCAUAGAGAUCACUAAUGAAGACUUUGAAAGGUUACCAAAUCUAAGAUUCCUCAAGUUAUGCUAUGGAGAUUUUGUUGGGGACUUUGCAAAGUGUCGUUCGAAGUUGAGAUGGAUUUCUUGGUAUCCCGCUCUUCAGGAUUUUAGAGCAGUCAAUUUUUAUUUGGAUCAUGUUGUUGUUUUUAAACUUCACUGGAGUCGCUUCACAGAUGAUUCAAAAGCAUGGGACUUAAUCAAGGAGGCACGGAAUUUGAAAGUUUUAUCUCUUGAAAGGUGUGAUGACAUAACGACAAUUCCAAACUUGUCUAAAUGCUUGGGUUUAGAGAGGUUGACUCUUGCGUACUGCUCCCAACUAGAGAGAAUUGAAAGCUUCAUUGGAGAUCUACGAUCAUUGAUUAAGUUAGAGAUUAAGGGGUGCCGUAGUCUUAUAGAUUUGCCCGAAGAAAUGGGGGCACUGGUGAAGCUUGAGCUCUUCUCAUUGUCGGGAUGUUCCAGGUUGAGAGAGCUUCCACGCUCACUUGGGAAUUUAACCUCAUUGAUAGAGUUGGACUUAACGGAUACAAGGAUAAGGGAACUUCCCAGCUCCAUUGGAAAGUUCAUAUCACUCCGCAUCUUGCGUGUUCCAAUUGGUCCUUUUUAUUAUGGUGGGAAGGCUGAUUUCCGGUUUCCUAGUGGCAUCAGCACUUUGGUAAAUCUUGAAGAGCUGGAUCUCUCUAGGCGUGAAGGAAUGAAAGGUGAAAUUCCUAUUGGAAUUGGUGAAUUGUCAUCUUUAAGAAUCCUAAAUUUACAAUUCACCAGUAUUUGCGGAAUUCCAAGGACAAUCAACAGGCUUCAUCGCCUCCAAACACCGAACUUAGGACUCUGUCAUCAGAUUCAAAAAUUGCCCGAGCUUCCCACGAAUUUGACCAGCCUAUGUCUUGAAUCUAGAUCGUUGAUCUCAGUACCUAAUCUGUCGAACCUCACUAAUUUGGUCGAAUUGCGACUAAGUGAUGACUCAAGUUCAAACCUAGUCCCAGGAUGCAACUUAAGGUGGAUUGGGAGGUUAUCUAGACUGAAAAGGUUAGAGUUAAAUCAGGCGAAAGUCCCCGCACCUCCAGAGUUGGUUUCUCUUUCUCAUCCGGAAAAGCUUGUUCUGGAACACCUAGACUUCGAACCCCUCAUGCAGCUUCCGUUUUCCCACCGGGGUUUGAGAAAUUUGUCGAUUUUAAAGUUCUGUGGGUUGAACAUGGAAGAGAUAGCACUCGUGGGACUUCCACGGCUGGAGGAAUUCACUAUCAAGUGCUGUUCACUUCGAAGAUUAUCCAUUUCUUCGGAACUAAAGAAGCUACAGCAAGUGAGUGUGUUAGGAUGUAAUGAGCUAGAUGAGAUACAAUUUUUGGGUCUUCCGAGAUCAUCGGAAUAUCCGAGAGUUCAUAAGUGCGAAUCUCUGACCGGAAUAAGCGGGUUAUCAUACUUGAAGAACCCGGAGAGACCGAAAAUCUAUUGCUGCAAUGUACUUACCGAUGUCCAGGGCCUAAACGAGCUAGUCUCUCCGAAAUCCUUGGAGGUCACCGGUUGCGCGUCAUUGAGAAGGUUGAUUGAUGCAUCUUGCACAAAAAUUCCAGAUGAUUGCAAAGUCUUAAUAAGGGCAUGUGGAGCCUUUGUCCCGCAUUCUGUUGGGAUGAUGCAUUUGAAGCGUUACAGAGUGGUGAUUCUAUCGAACAAGGUGAAACCUCGUCUUCAUCAAUGUGCGGUAGACUUCUGUUUGAUUCCUUCUUCUUAG